AUGUUCGUUCACAAGCGGCGGAAACAACUAUUGUAUAUUUCACUGGUCCUAUUGGUUCUCCUUAUAUUCCACUUAAUAUCCGUCACACUCUCAAAAGAUGGGUCUGUGCGAUUUGUUCAUGUCCCCUUUGGUUCAGGAAAGGAUGGGGGCCAUGUUCUGGCAAAAUUUCUAGAUCCAGAAUUGGCUCAUGAACGUCAACCGAAAAGCAGCGAAAACUUCAAUGUUGAAGCAUAUCCCAACUCCAUCAUGGGACAGUCAACUCUUGGAAUAAUUCCAGUGGAUCAGACUCAUGACUUCUGGUAUAAAGUGUUCAAUACCUUCAAGAAGAAUAAGUUCAUUUUCUACAGCAACGAUAAAAAUAUGUUGCAUUUGAAAGAUAAACAUGAAUGGGCAUAUCCUAAAGAGUACUCCGAGAGAGCAUUACUCGAUAGAGCUUCCAUGUCAGUACACUAUUUGAACCAGAUGAAGGAAAGACAUCUGGCUGUACUUGAUACUUUACCUGACCAUAUUCCUCAAAGUUCUUAUGUCAAAGGUUCCAAAGGAAUCGUAUAUGUGGGUGGAAGAUUCUAUUCAUGGCUAACAUAUUUGUCUAUCAAAAUGCUUAGAGAGAAUGGUUCCAAGUUACCUGUCGAAGUGGUGAUGCCCACUAUAGAAGAUUAUGAAAGAGAAUAUGAGUAUUGUGAAGUCACUCUUCCUCAAGUGGGUGCUAAAUGUAUAGUGAUUCCUACGAAGCUAGGGUUGGCUGUAAGCAACGAAUGGAAGUUUCUGAAUUUCCAGUUCAAGCCCAUGGCAAUUCUCUGCUCUUCUUUCGAGCAUGUUCUCUAUCUUGAUUCUGAUAACAUGGUAGUAAUGAAUCCAGACCAUCUUUUCAAUUCAAAGGUAUACAAGAAGCAUGGAUUGGUUCUAUGGUCCGACUACUGGAAUAGAACAAUAUCUCCUUACUUCUACCAAGCAGCAAACAUACCAGUGGACCGAAACCGCAGAGUGAGAACGCAACAAUUACCACUUGUCACGCCAUUAGAGCCGCUGGAGGAAGUAUGCUUCCAUGAAUUAGACGGGGCUAUCCCUAAUUACUCUUCUGAAUCGGGACAGAUUCUCUUUAAUAAGAGAACUCACACCAAGGCAAUGCUAAUGUCAUUGUACUAUAACAUAUAUGGUCGUGAAAUCUUCUAUAAUUUGUUCAGCUUGGGAGCCAAAGGAACCGGAGACAAGGAAACGUUCAUAGCAGGCGCAUUUGCAGCUAAUGUGAAGUACUAUCAAACCAAGUCUCAAACGAGAACGUUUGGUUACUUCAGUGGAAGGCUUCACGAAAUGGCAAUGGGUCAAGCUGACCCAGACGUAGACUACCAGCUCUACAAUAAGCAGCUAUCCACAAUAAAGUCUGCGAGAAAGUCUAUACGGAAGGAUGCUUUCAGUCAGGAGAACUUCUUAAACUAUCUAGACGAGAAGUAUUUUGGUCAGGAAGCCUCAAUUCCUCUUUUUGCUGUUCAUUGCAAUCUCGAUAAGAUAGAUCCAAUUUCUUAUAUGAAUGAUCAUCGUUAUAAUGAUGAUAAUAAUAGAAUCAGAUACAGAAUGUUUGGAAACUUCCAGUACAAAAUCGACGGCGAAGUUAUAGAUUUCGAGCUAAAGAGGUGGUCCAUAGUAAUGCAAGCACUAUGCAUUGACCAAAUCCAAUUCAAUUACUUUGGAUCUAGCGAUCUAGAUGCGGUUUGCGAGUAUAUUCUGAAUACUGUUGAAUGGUUAAAGACCCCCAACUCUACUGAAACUGCUAUAUAUAUGUCGACUUUACCAGAAUUACUCGUUUGA